ACCAUGUCCGUGGCCUUCGCCUCCGCCCGGCCGAGAGGCAAAGGCGAGGUCACGCAGCAGACCAUCCAGAAGAUGCUGGACGAGAACCACCAGCUGAUCCAAUGCAUCCUGGAAUACCAGAGCAAGGGCAAGACAGCCGAAUGCACGCAGUACCAGCAGAUCCUGCAUCGGAACCUGGUAUACCUGGCCACAAUCGCCGAUUCUAACCAGAACAUGCAGUCCCUGCUCCCAGCUCCGCCCACCCAGAACAUAAACCUGGGCCCAGGAGCAUUGUCGCAGAGUGGCUCCAGCCAGGGCCUGCACGCCCAGAGUGGCCUUGGUGACACCAUCGGCUCUGGCCUGCCCCCCUCCUCCCUGAUGCAGGGUCAGAUCGGCAACGGUCCGAACCACGUGUCCCUGCAGCCGACAGCGCCGAGCACACUGCCCACCACCUCCAUGAGUAUGUCGGGUAGCAGCCAUAGCUCAGGGCCCGGCUACAGCCACGCAGGACCCGCCUCACAGAGCGUGCCACUGCAGGGUCAAGGCACCAUCGGCAACUACGUGUCUCGGACCAACAUCAACAUGCAGUCCAACCCAGUGUCCAUGAUGCACCAGCAGGCGGCGACGUCCCACUACAACUCGGCACAGGGCGGGAGCCAGCACUAUCAGAGCCAGUCCUCCAUCACCAUGAUGGGCCAAGGCGGCCAGGGCACUGGUCUGAUGGGGCAGCGACCCAUGGCACCCUACCGGGCGUCUCAACAAGGUUCCUCACAGCAGUACAUGGGACAGGAGGAAUAUUACAGCGAACAGUACAGCCACAGCCAGGGAGCCACAGAGCCCAUGAGCCAGCAGUACUACCCCGACGGCCACGGUGACUAUGCCUACCAGCCGUCAUCCUACACGGACCAGAGCUAUGACCGGUCAUUUGAGGAACCCACCCAGCACUACUACGAGGGUGGAAACUCUCAGUACAGCCAACAGCAGGCCGGCUACCAGCAGGGGGCACCCCAGCCGCAGACCUACUCCCAGCAGCAGUACCCCAACCAGCAGAGCUACCCUGGUCAGCAGCAAGGCUACGGGCCUGCCCAGGGUGCCCCCGCACAGUAUUCUAGCUACCAGCAGGGACAAGGCCAGCAGUACGGAAGCUAUCGGUCAUCUCAGACGGGACCCUCGGCGCAGCAGCAGAGACCCUAUGGCUACGAGCAGGGCCAGUAUGGGAAUUACCAGCAGUAA